GUUUACGUCUUCUUUUCUGUCACAAGUCAAUUACAGGUCUGAUUUUCUCUCCAUUCAUGAUGAAGUUCCUGGGAGCUCUGAUCCUGUUUAUGACUCUGUCUGCAGCAUAUGGAUUAAGAUGCCACAUAUGUAAUGGCAAAACCUGCACCAAUCCACAGUCUUGUCCAGUAGGCAUGGAUCGUUGUGCCCUCAUCGAAACAACCAAUGCAGUAAGCAAGAACUGCAUGAACAACAGUGGAUGUGGUGACACUAUUAAGUGCUGUGAAACAGACCUGUGUAACAGCGCCAUAUCCACUGGUUCCAGUGUCCUCCUCCUGCUGGUGUCCUCAGGCAUCAUCACUCUCUUUCUCUGAGGCUCUGGAGCAGCUACAGCUUAAGAAUAUUUGUCUUCUUUCUCUCUCAAUUUGUAAUUCAGGAAGAAUAAACAGAUUUUCAAUAUGUAAAAGCUGUGAAUGACUGCGGAUCAGUGUUGGUUCAAUAAAAACACAAUAUGAUCAA